ACAGGAAGCUAGAAAGUUGAGUCUGGAGCCCAGAAGGGAUAUUAGGCUAAAGGAAGAGGAAUGAGGUCAUCUACAUGGAAGUCAUGGUUGAGAGAGAUUUGGGGAGUCCUAGCCCCAGAUCUUUAAGUGGCGGUGUUUUAUGAUCCAAAAGUAGGCAGCCAGAGAGGCGAGGUGGUUGAUUAGACUAAGAAAGCAGCCCAAGACAGGAAGAGAGAGAGAGGCAAGGGACAAAGGGUCUCCUUUGUUGGAGUUUUUUGUAUUUUGGGAUUGACUUUCAUGAAAACUCAGGGUGUGACCCAAACCUUAUAUUGUCACUAAAUGAACCAAAAAACCAGCAGAUUUCCCUUGCUGAUUAGUCUUUUCUCUGAAGUGUCUUUUGCCAUCCUUCCCCUUUUUUCUAAGGCUUCAAAUUAGGAAGUAGCUAAGAGAUUAAAAAGGAAGUGGAUGAGAGAGAAAUGCAAAGGAAAGUUGAACAAGUAGAAGGUGGCUGACGCAGGCUGUGUUGUAAACACCUGGAUUCCAGCCGGGACCUGGAUUUCAGCCGGGACCUGGAUUUUCUGGGGAUACCAGCCAGGGAGAUAGGACCAUGUGGUUGUCCCCAGCUCUGCUCCUUCUCUGCCUUCCAGGCUGCUUGUCCCUGACGGGCCCCAGCUCUGUGAUGGGAACCAUGGGAGGCUCUCUGAGAGUGUGGUGUCAGUACGAGAAGGCGUACAAGGGGUAUAACAAAUACUGGUGCAGAGGAAAGUAUGACACCUCAUGUGACAUCAUUGUGGAGACCAAAGGAGAAGAGAAAGAAGAAAGGAAUGGCCGCGUGUCCAUCAGAGACUACGCUGAUGACUUCACCUUCACAGUGACCAUGGAGAACCUCAAUGCUAAUGACGCUGGAUCCUACUGGUGUAAAAUUCAGAGAGUCUGGAUCCUGGACGCGUUGUCAUAUGACCCCUCAGUCCAGGUUAAUGUGUCUGUUUUCCCAGCACCAAGUACAACCACAGGGCGGACCACAUGUCCAGCUGCACCUGCUCCCUUCCCGACCGUGAAUGCUGGGCAGAGCCUCAGCACCAAGGAGGUGUCAACACGCUGCACAAGGUCAUGGCUCAAGGCCUGGAGACCACGGAGGAGGGGGUCCCUCUUCAGCAGCGUCCACUUCCUGCUCCUGAUCUUCCUGAAGCUGCCCCUGUUCCUGAGCAUGGUUGGCGCUGUCCUCUGGGUGAACAGACCUCACAGGGGCCCUGGAGGGAGAGACAGUCAGCCUGAGCUGGGGAAUCCUGUGCAGCGCACCGUCCCCAGGAAUGCCCUGUCCAGGAAUACAGCCCUUCAGACUGGACAAGGGAGACCUUUGGACUCUGGACUCUAGGACGGCUAGGCAGCAGAGCGUGGUCUGGAGGGACUCAGGUCUUCUGGGGGAAGUGGUCAAGGGAGAGUCCUGGAUCUUAGAAGACACUUGCUCUGAGCCCUUAGGCGGAGGAGGGCUGGGUCUCCUCUGCCCCUGUUUGCAGUCCUCUUUUCUCCUCCACAGACCCCCUGGUUCCUUGCCCUCUUGCCCACCUCCCAAAGGCAAGAAUUCUCUGGAAGUUGCAUGCUCAGAAGCCUGGCCUUUUUCUCCUCUCCUUGGCACAAAGGCUUCUCAGCUCAGUGUCCCCAGGGAAAUAAACACCUCCUUCUUGCAGACAGGAGGUUCUCUGAGGACACAGCACUCACAGCUUCAGUCCUGGGCUCAUAGGACCCCCACCCCCUCCUCAGGGACCGUCACAGGGGAGUUUGGCCCUGACAGAGUGUGAUCACGAAGCUUCCCUCUGUCUUGCACCCUUGGGCUUCUUCCUCCCUUCCAACUCCUCUUGGGUCUCACUGGGCUUCAAUCUCCCUCCUCUUUUUGUCCCUAUGACCAAUGCAUCUCUGCCUGGCUCAGCCAUGGCUGAGCAUCUUCAAUUUAAAGUUCUGGGGCCAGCUGGAGCAGUACUAGGAAAAGGAGGCAGUGGGUGCCCCUGUGUCACUUUUGGAAAUCCUUGACUUGGAGGGUCUCCUGUGCAUGGAGUUGACAGAGAGUCCGGCUUGAUCCAUGUUAGGAGAAGUCUGACCGUCUGUUGACAAUUAACCCUUUUCACAGAAGAGGCAGAUGUGUUUCCAGGCGCAGGUGCAGGUGCAGGUGUGGGACACAGAGGUGAGGAAAUAACUUUUACCACAUUGGGAUGGUAUGAGCCACAGCCACUACAGGCAAACCUAGCCCAGGAAAGGGCUCAGUUGGUUUUUGAAUGCUUGUCUGUUGCUCUAUCCCUGAGUUUGCAAGGAGAAGUUGCACAGUCUGUCACAAGCAAGCGUCACCAUUUCCGCUCAACUUUCUGCAUCCAGACCAAUCCUUUCCUCUGGGAGCUCCUCUGAGCAUUGAGUUCUCAUGCAGGGCUGCCUCUCUCCGAGCCUGAGUGCUGAUUGGCUCCCACAAGGGUGGGGACAUUCAUGGCAUCUCAAGGAGAUCUGGGGCUGGCCCCAAACUCAGCUGAAGGAAAAAUUCAAUCUGAAGAGGCUCAUAAUAAUAAUAAUAAUAAUAAUAAUAAUAAUAAUAAUAAUAAUAAUAAUAAUAAUAAUAAUAAUAAGAUACACAGGGUGAUGUAGGCAACAUAAUAAUGAGCAAGAGAGGAGAUUAUGAUGCACUUUAUAAAAAAGAUAAGCUCACAAGUCAAUGUAGCAUAAGAAGGCUGGUAAGAGCCACAGCACAGUCACCAGCAAGAUGCCUCACGAUGUCAGAGGGGAAAACAUUAUGUCAUAUUGGAUGGAUCAGUGGAAGGAGGUGACACUGGAGAAUGAUGUUAAAGGAGGUGUAGAAUGUCAGCCGACUGGGGUGGGAGUGGGGUGGAGAGGAAGAAGAGAGAGAGAGGACGUACUUAGAGCAGCAGCAGCAUAAGUGAAAACUGAGAGGCAGAAAAUCACCAUAAUAGUCACCCGUAGAGGACUUGUCAGCAAACAGAGUGUGAUUGUCACAGUUUCUCGUGGUGGAAGUGUGUCGGUGGGGGGGGGUGUGUGAAACUGUGGCAAUGCCGUGGUAGCUGACUUAGGGGAACUAAGGUGGGGCUGUGCCAUCAGGGGUUUGGGGGAAGCAAAGCAUCUAGGUUGGCUGGGACCCCACUGCAGGUCUGUGUGAGGAUCUGAGGAGGCGGUUGCCAGCAAAGCAGCAUGAAGUGUGGAGCAGGGCUGGGAGGUAAAGGCUCCAGAGGCCGGGGAGGAGGGAGCAAUGGAGGCUCGUUGGCUCUGCACUUUGGGAAGAACACAGCGCUCAAGGCUCACACCCAGCCUCGCUGAGAAACAGCCCCACCUUAACACCCCUUCCAGGCAGCCCCACCACCGUGCACAUCAGACCCUUCCUGCCCUGGGCCAUGGUCCCUCCCUGAGUCAGACCCUCUGCCCCUCUUUCAGGACAGCUUCCUCUGUGGUCCUGAGUCACUGUGAAGCAGAGGCCGCUGCGGGGAGGUGAUAAGGAAGGAGAAAUGCUUUUUGCCUUCACUUCCUUUUGUCCCAGAUGCUUCCUCUCCUGCCUCUUUGCAUACUUCCCUUGGCUCUGGACUGUUGGCCACUGUACUGCACCGAAAUCCCUUAUUCUAAUGACCUCCUAAGUGACGUUCCCACACAUCUCCCCUCUUAGGUGCUUCCCUCCCUCUGUCCCCAGCUCCCUCUCCCUCUCUUCUCUCUUCUUUGCUGAAUCCCUCUCCUUGCCCUUGGGUCCCUGCACCCCCACCCCUCUCCCUAGCAUCACCUCCACGCACAGGACUGUCACAUGUGCAUCUCUAGCCAACCUCGUCUCUGGCUCAGUUCUUGACUUUCAAAGUCAAUGCUGUUUUGUGGAACUACCUACCCUGUUAGCCGCUCAGAUGGGCUCAAAAUGAUAGCCCUUGUCAUCACCAGUCCUCAAACUGAAAUGUCACACUUGGUUCGUGGGUUAGGGCUUCCCUUCCCACCUGCCUCCGCCAGACUAGCCUUCCCAAGAUGUAGCCAACCGAGUCUUCUUCCUGCCACUUCUCACCCUCAGAGGGCCUUGCAGGGAUCGGGGGCUUGGAGGUGAAGUGACAAAGGGCUGUGCCUACAGGAGCAAGAGAGGGUGUGGUGGGCCAGUUCCGGGGAGGGAAGGGUGAGGGAAGAAGAGGCUGAACAGCUUCUGUUUGUGUUUACAUCUGAGGGCUGAGCCUUCUUCUGGGAUUGGGUGUUCCAGUGAGCCCUGGCGCUAUUGCCUGCAGCCAAGAACUUAUGAAGGGGCCGGGGACAGGACUGCAGGAAACAUCGACCCCCUUCCUCCCUCCCUCCCUUCCAUUCUUAACAAUUUUAUUGAAGUGUAAUUGGGAUAAAAUUGACUGCAUACAUUGAAAGUGCACAGUUGGAAGAUUUUUUCUUGCUGUUUUUAUUAUUUUUCAAAUUUUACGUAUUGUAAGAUUCAUUUUGUUGUGAUGUACAGUUCUGUGAAUUUUUCACACAUGCAUUAUUUCAUGAAACCACCAUCACACACAUGCAACAUAACUCCAUCACUUUCCCCCAAACGUCUUUAACUGUGAAUUCCAUUUCUUAAAUGGCAGGCAGUCAAGCUGGUGAAAUUAGGAAUUUUUAGGUGCUGAUCUGGCUUCUGAGAACUGGGGUUCCAACUUAGUUCAGCUUUCCCAGCCUUGGAGGUGCAUUCGGAUCUGGCCCGUGCGCGCCCCCCAGCGGCCAGUCUGUGGCCCUGUU